GGCCAUGAGAGGUGCCCAGUACCAAAGCUCUCCAUCCAUUAUAAGCCGGUGCCGCUCCUGGCUACUCGCAAGACUCUCCUCCACAGUUGCCCUGCACCAACGGAUCGAUUAGCUAGCAUGGACAGAAAGGUGUGCAUCUCUCUUGUAAUUCUCGCGCUUGUACUCGCUGGCCCGAUGGCGGGGGCGGUCUACAGCAUCGACGAGGCGGCGAUGCCAACGUCCCUGUCGAUGAACCUGGAGUCCGGCAUGGCGCCGGAGCUCGCGGUGGUGGACCUGGAGCUGGAGGUGCACCGCCGCGUCCUCGCCGGCGGAACCCUCAACGUCCUGGACGCUGACAGGAACCGCUGCAUCAAGACGUGUCACCCGGACGGGCAACCUUACACGCCGGGAUGCCUAAAGAUUUACCACUGCAAGGGAGGAACCUGAAUAAUCCAGCACUACGUCCGGGCGUCGACGCAACCCCUCCUUCCUGCCCGGCGUCCGUGCCCGUCCAUGGGUGCACUCGCGCGUUCCGUCCAUGCAUCCAUGUUCUAUUUCCAUUUCCAUUCGGCAUUUCCUACUGUUGUUGCUAUUGCUAUAUAUGUAUGUAUAUCUUGAAAUAACCGUCUUUUAAGGGGAACUUU